AUGAAAAGAGUUGUCUAAAAAAUAUAACAUUUAAAGAAUAUGUCUUAAGUGAUAGCUUCUGGUGAUCAUAUUGUUACAGUUAAAAAUAUAUUGAAUGCUUUUGAAAAAUAAACUAAAGAAGAUUUAAGUUAUUUGGAGAAGAAUUUGUUAAAAAUAUUUCCUCUUUUUGGAUAGAUAAAGAAGUCUUAAAAAUCAUAAUAAAAAUUUUAUGAACUCAUAUCUUAACUAUAAAUUGAAUAUUACUAAAACAAUUAAGUUAUUUUUUAUAAAGGAGAUAUUGGAAGAAAGAUGUAUUUUGUUCUAUCUGGCCAUCUUUUGAGUUUCCCUUAUGAUCAUAGAGAUAUAAGUAUUUAAAUGUUUGAUUACAGAUAACCAUACGGCAAAUAAAGAAAUUAAUGUAGGAGAUCAUUUUGGAGAAAUAAGUCUUUAACAUCGAAUUCCAAGAACACUUACAGUCAUAAGUAAAGGUGAUGUCAUUUUAUUAAGUGUAAAUUAUGAGACAUAUUCUAAUUAUAUAUAGUCAACAGUAGAUAAAAUUCUAACUGACUAAUAUAAAUUCAUAAGAACUUUGAGUAUCUUUUAAGAUUGGAAUGAAUUCACAUUAUAAUUAAUAUUACAUCAUUUAAAAGAAGAAAAGAUAUAAAGAAAUUAAUAUGUAUUUAAUGAAGGAAAUAAAGAUUAAAAUUUAUAUAUUAUAAAAUUUGGAGAGAUUAUAUUAUAAAAAUAAUAUACAGUACAUUAGAAAAAGAGUGAAAAUGGUUUAAUUUGUUUAGGUUAAGGUUAAUGUUUUGGAGAUUUUGAAUUUAUAGAAAAUUAAUCUUGGUUACAUAAUAAGAAUUCAAUUAAAGAAAUAAGUAGAUAAAUGGAUGCAAAAUCUACAACAGAAUCUUUGAUUCUUUAUUUACCAUUUUUAACUUAUAUAAGAAUAUAAGAAGAAUAUCAUAGUUCAAGUUUACAAUCAUUUUUAUCCACAUCUAAAUAGGUUGUUAUAUAGAGAAUGAAAAUAUUACAAUAGUAAAUUAUAAAUAAAAAAAUAAAAUUAGAUGAAGAAUCUGAAAGAUAAGAUGAAUUGUCUGAACUUAGAAUGUUUAAAGAUUAAAAAUAAGAAGAAAAAUAACCUUAAAUUAUAAAUGAUACAUCUAAGAUUCGUCAUUCUAAUAAUCCUUAUAUAUCAUUAAUGGGAACAAUCAAAAAUAAUAAAAACAAAGAACAUUAAUAAUAGCCAUCUUAAUAAAUAGAUUAAAUUGCAAAUUAAUUUUCUUAGAAAUCUAUUCUAAUGAAAUUUGAUAGAGGACAUAAAAUAUUAUUAUUAAAGAAAUUAAGAGAUGCAUCUAUAUUACCAGAUGUUAAAGAUAAUUUCAUCUAUUAAUAAACAACUGUAAGAAGUAGUUGUUCAAGAUUAAGAAUGAAUAAAAAAUAUUAAUAGAAUAAUCAACAAGAUAGUGUUACCAUAAUCAAACCAUUUGUUAAUUCUAGAUCUCACACUCCUGAUUCUUCAGUUGUAUUACCAAAUGAAUUUAAAUAAUAAAAUGAAAUAAAUAAAUGUUAGAGAGCAUUUACAUUUAAACUUAAUGAUUUUCACAAUUUCAAAGCUUCAUCAAAUUCUGUUGGAUAUUCACGAUCAAUAUCUUAAAUGAAUAUUAGUAGAAGUAGUAUUAAUCGUAAAUCACCAAGUAAAUAUAAAUUCGAAAUUGAAUAUGAAAAAAAUUAAUCAUAAUCUCCAUAAAAAUAACCUAAAGUUGAGAUUGACUUAUGUGUAUAUGGGAAAUAAUGA